ACUAUACCAAUCUCUUUAAGAUUUGGAGACGCAGGGUUUCAAUUCCCAGAUUUGGUGGAAGCGUCACAGAUCCAAGUUGACUUUGAUAUCCAAGAACGAAUGAAGGGCAAAUUUUUCCCAAAGAUAAAGCUAGUCAACGACUUAAUACCAAAUAGAAAUAUCAGUAUUGAAUAUGAAAAAGAUGAUAAAUAUGUGGUGGAAUUACUUCUAUCUGACGAGAAUUCGGUUAUCGUAGAUGAAGCAGCCUAUAAAGCAUUUGCUCUUUAUACUAUGCGUGCUGUUCAUGCCAAUGAUUUACCAUUUUAUAUUGCCCAAAUUAUCAACUAUAAUUUAUUAGCACCGGAUAUG